GAUAAGAGAUACUCAUCUUGAAACUUUAUUAACAAAUUUAAUCAUUAUAAAAUAUUAUCUUUUUUGAUUUUUUUAAUUCUUUUUUUUUUUUUUCUAUCAUUAAAUUAUUUAAAACAUGAUGUCAAUAAAUGGUAACAUGAUUGCAUUGCUGCUUGUGAUGUCAUUCAUCGCAGUUAAUUUGACAAAUUGUCAAUCUGAUUUGUAUGAUUAUAUACGAAAAAGACCCGAAAAACAAGCUGAGUAUUAUUGUGGUCAAAAAUUGUCAAAUGCACUUGAAUUAAUAUGUGGCGGAAUUUACAAUGGCAUGAUUAAAAAGAAUAAUCAAGAACUGGAUAUGGAUAACUUUGCUUACUUUUAUAAUAAUUGGCCUCUACGUUCAACAGCAAGUUUCGGAAUUGGAAGGUUUCGUCGUCAAUCACGUGGUAUUCAUGAUGAGUGUUGUUUAAAACCUUGUUCGGCGAGUGAAUUAAGAAGCUAUUGUGCAUCACCCAACUAAAUACCAAAUUUUUCAUAAAUAAAUAACGAAGAGAAAAUGAAAAAACAAAAA